AUGGACAUGAGCGGCUCAUCUUCCUCUUCAACGUCGUCGCAGGAGCACUCGCCGGCGCUGAGGGUGCAGCCGCCGCCCAAGCGUCCCGCGGGGCGCACCAAGUUCAAGGAGACGCGGCACCCGGUGUACCGCGGCGUGCGGCGCCGCGGCAGCGCCGGCCGGUGGGUCUGCGAGGUGCGCGUCCCCGGCGGCAAGCGCGGCGAGCGGCUCUGGCUCGGCACGCACGCCACGGCCGAGGCCGCCGCGCGCGCGCACGACGCCGGCAUGCUCGCGCUGCUCGGCGGCCGCCCUGUCUCCGCCUCCGCCUCCGCCGCGCGCCUCAACUUCGCGGACUCCGCGUGGCUGCUCGCCGUCCCGUCCGCGCUCGCCGACCUCGCCGACGUCCGGCGCGCGGCGCUCGCCGACCUCGCCGACGUCCGGCGCGCGGCGCUCGCCGCCGUCGCGGACCUCCAGCGCCGGGAGGCCGCCGAUUGCGUCGCGACCGUCCCCAUUUACGAGGCCGACGCCUCCAGCGCGUCGGAAUCCUCGUCCGCGGACGACGCCGGCUCGUCGGCCACGUCCCUGUCUUCUGAGCUGGAUGGAUUAUUCGAGGUGCCGGCAGCUGCAGCACUUGGCAUGGGAAAUGACAUGUUCGACUUUGAGCUCGGCAUGUCCGGGGAGAUGGACCUCGGAUCGUACUACGCAGACCUCGCGGAGGGGAUGCUCCUAGAGCCGCCGCCGGCGGCAGAAUUCACCGAGGUGUGCUGGGAGGACAGCGGAGCUGAUUACGCCGCGCUCUGGAGCUACACCUGA